UUAAACAGCAGCAGCACUGGCGAGCUGGGAGCGGAUGGAUAAGACGACAAGGGACAACUAACUGUUGACUUGGACCAGCAACCAGCGUGUAGGCGAUGUCAUCCAGAGUCAGGAAAAGAAAGAGUUCAGCUGGUGUAAGUAGACGUCAGAAGAUCAUUCUAAGCUGUGCAGAGUGCCGUAGGAGGAAGAUCAAAUGUGACCAUGGGAAACCGGUGUGUCAAAAUUGCAUUACAAAAGGUUCACAGGAGAGCUGUUCGUAUUCGAAGUCGCCGUGGAUCGAUAUCAUUGUAGCUGAGAAGAAGUUGUAUGAGGAUAUCGACGCCUUGAAAAAAGAGAACGAUGACUUGGUUGCUGAGGUGAACGACCUGAAUAGAACCGUUAUCAUGUUCUUCAAGAAGAAGCACAACUUGGAGAAUGAGCGGGAUGCUCAUUCUCAGGCUCGCACGGCAAACCGCCAGACUGGCUCGCUUGAGGCAAGCCCGUCAGGCUCGUCUUCGCAUACUCCAAGUGCCACUGAGGGACUACCAAGGCUUGUGAUCAAGGAUUACCACUUCUUGAAGGACUCCAUAGAGACGCCGUUAAGGAACAGGACAAACCAGAUCCUGAAGUUGGAUUUCACAGAUAUCACAGCACAGGUAUAUUCCUCCGUGGAAUAUCCAAGACUCAUGACCUACUUCAGGUGCCCAAGUGAUCCCGCUGUGAAGCAGCUCUUCUUGUCUAACGUUGUCUCAAAACUACCAGAUUUGCGAGACGUUGAGGAGUAUUUGAACUAUUACUUCACGACAAACUUCCACAGGUAUCUACCAUUGCUAUCUAAACCCCUUUUGCUGAAAUCUUUCCACUCUCUUUUCAACAUCCAUACAAGAACCAUAGAACUUGAUGAGUUGAAGGAAAAGGACUGCUUUGUGGAACUGUCGAUCAUCCUCUUGGUGUUGAAGAUCGUUUCACUUUAUAAGAGGACCCCUCUGGAAGAUCCUGAACAGGAUCUGCUGAGGUCGAGCUACAUAUCUGCUGAGCUUGGUGAGAUUGAAACAAGGGCUUCUUUCACGGUGCUUCAGGCCACAUUGAUGAUAACAACGUUUAGAAUGUUCUCUCACAAGGUGUCGGACCUCGAGCUCUCAUAUUGUAUAGCAAAGUGUAGAGACCUGGCUAUUACACUGGGAUUACAUAAAAACACAGAAGUUAUCUACGAACUGAGAGACCCGGAAGAGAGGAAAGUAUUGCACGAUAUCAAGGAGUUGUUAGACCGUGGAUAUUAGAAAAGACGAUACCAUAACAUUAUAUUAUCACCGA